GGGAAUUGGCUUUAAAAUGUAACGUACGUCGGCUCAUUCUUGGUGCCCAAUGAUGGGCGCGCUCGCAGCAUCCUCGUCUGCCGGAGUGCGUCGAUGAUCAUCAUUUCGUUCCCGCGGCGUGAGAAGAAUGAAAAAGUCUGCGUGUCCACCCCGCUCCUUUCUUUCUUCUUGAAUCUGCGUCUGAUUCUUGGUUCGCUGAAACGAAACCAGUCGGGAUGGAAUAAUUCGGCCUCAGAAAACCGUAUUGAGCCUUGGAAUUCAAAAUCGUCUUCAAGACAUGUACUGUACCGGAUGCAACUAUCGAGCACAUGAUAGGAUGGGAUGGGAUGGGAUGGGUGCAUCAGAAAUACUCAAGUCUGCAUGACGAGGUGAGCGAGAGCAUCAUUCAACUUCGGCAUUGAAAAAUUGACGGUUAUAUGCCGCUGCAUAAUGCCGUCGCAUUUGAAUAGAGCAUCCACAGUGAAGCAGUUGGCACUGCCUCGACUUUACGCAAAUCUAAAUGUACAUUUCUAGGUGAAUGUGAUUACACGUUACCCACAUCUCUAUUGUACAUCAAGUUAAACAAACG